GGCCUUUCUGCACAAUCCACACUGACCAGCACCAUGCCCGUGACACUGGGGUACUGGGACAUCUGAGGGCUGGCCCACGCCGUCUGCCUGCUCCUGCAAUACACAGACUUAAGCUAUGAGGAAAAGAAGUACAUGAUGGGGUACGCUCCUGACUAUGACAGAAGCCAGUGGCUGAAUGAAAAAUUCAAGCUGGGCCUGGACUUUCCCAAUCUGCCCUACUUGAUUGAUGGGGCUCACAAGAUCACCCAGAGCAAGGCCAUCCUGGGCUGCAUUGCCUACAAGCACAAUCUGUGUGGGGAGACAGAAGGGGAGAAGAUUUGGGAAGACAUUUCGGAGAACCAGCUUGUGGACAACCACGUGCAGCUGGCCAGACUCUGCUACAACCCAGAUUUUAAGAAACUGAAGCCAGAAUACCUGGAGGCACUCCCUGCAAUGCUGAAGCUCUACUCACAGUUUCUGGGGAAGCAGCCAUGGUUUCUUGGGGACAAGAUCACACUUGUGGAUUUCAUCGCGUAUGGUGUCCUUGAGAGAAACCAAGUAUUUGAGCCCAAGUGGUUGGACGCCUUCCCAAACCUGAAGGACUUCAUCUCCCGAUUUGAGGGCUUGGAGAUCUCUGCCUACAUGAAAUCCAGCUGCUUCCUCCCGAGACCUGUGUUCACAAAGAUGGCUGUCUGGGGCAACAAGUAGUGCCUUGAAGGCCAGGAGGUGGGAGUGAGUUGCCCAUACUGGGCAGCUGGACUCUACACCCCAGCACCUGCCUUCUUGUUCCUUUCUCCUGUUUAUUCCCUUCUUUACCCCCAAGACUUUAUUGGCCUUCUUCAAUUCCCCUAAACCCGUGUCCCAUCCAAGCCCUUUAAAGCCUCAGCUACCCAUUUUCCUUCAUGAAUGUCUCCCUCCCAACAUUACCCUUCCCUGCACUAAAGCCAGCCUGACCUUCCUUCCUGUUAGUGGUUGUGUCUGCUUUGAGGGGCCUAACUGGCCCCUUGCCUGUGGAGCUCAGCCCUGAGGUCCCAGGGCUGCAUGAAAGAGCAGUACUGACUGGUUUACAGGCCCUUCUCCUGCAGCAUGGCCCCUGCCUUAAGCCUACCUGAUCCAAGUAAAGCCUAAAACACA